GCUCGAGCUGGAGCAAUCAGAUCGCCUCUUGCGAGGCAGACCAACGAAGCAGCCUGCCCCCGCCUCCGCAGAGACACGCUCGCGCCGAUGGCGCUCACCGCAGGCAUCCUCGCGCUGCUGGCCUUCGCUCCCCAGGUGUCGGGGAUGCUGGACGUGAGGCACGGGGAGGAGUCGUGUGCAUCGCAGGACCUGGGACACCGCGCGCAGCUUCAAAACAAGCUUGCGGGCGUUUGCGAGGCCAUGUGCAAGGAGGUGGAGGCGUACCCGAAGUGCAACUGCCCCAACUUUGUCGAGCCGGACUCCACUCCGGGCGUGAUGACCUGGGAGGAGCUCCUGUCGCACAUGGACCAGCUCGCCGAGUGGGGCCGCGACAGCAUCAAGGGCCGCUCGCAUGCUCAAAAGCCGCGGGGGGGCCACCUCUGUCCCCGGCAGUUGUUGCAUCCCCGCGGGCCCUGGUCGUUCGGGGGGCAGCCUCGAGUAGCCUCGGGUAGCCUCGCGCUGCCUCUGGGCAGCCUCGGGCACCGUGGAGGUGUCCUGGCAAUCGGGGGGCAGGGGCGGUGCCCCAAGCAGUCGGCACAAGGCUGGCACAAGCAGGCGGCGCAGCUACAGGUGUCGGGGGUGCUGAAGGCGACGCACGGUGAGGAGUCGUGCGCCGCGCAGGACCUGGCGCACCGUGCCCAGGUCCAGAACAAACUGGCGGGCGUCUGCGAGGCCAUGUGCAAGGAGGUGGAAGCGUACCCGCAGUGCAAUUGCCCCAACUUCGUCGAGCCGGACUCCACUCCGGGCGUGAUGACGUGGGAGGAGCUCCUGUCGCACAUGGACCAGCUCGCCGACUGGGGCCGCGACAGCAUCAAGGGCUGGCACAAGCAGGCGGCGCAGCUGCAGGUGUCGGGGGUGCUGAAGGCGAAGCACAGUGAGGAGUCGUGUGCUGCACAAGAUCUGGCCCAGCGUGUCCAGCUGCAGAACAAGCUGGCGGGCGUCUGCGAGAGCAUGUGCAAGGAGGUGGAAGCGUACCCGCAGUGCAAUUGCCCCAACUUCGUCGAGCCGGACUCCACUCCGGGCGUGAUGACGUGGGAGGAGCUCCUGUCGCACAUGGACCAGCUCGCCGACUGGGGCCGCGACAGCAUCAAGGGCUGGCACAAGCAGGCGGCGCAGCUGCAGGUGUCGGGGGUGCUGAAGGCGACGCACGGUGAGGAGUCGUGCGCCGCGCAGGACCUGGCGCAUCGUGCCCAGGUCCAGAACAAGCUGGCGGGCGUCUGCGAGACCAUGUGCAAGGAGGUGGAAGCGUACCCGAAGUGCAACUGCCCCAACUUCGUCGAGCCGGACUCCACUCCGGGCGUGAUGACGUGGGAGGAGCUCCUGUCGCACAUGGACCAGCUCGCCGACUGGGGCCGCGACAGCAUCAAGGGCUGGCACAAGCAGGCGGCGCAGCUGCAGGUGUCGGGGGUGCUGAAGGCGACGCACGGUGAGGAGUCGUGCGCCGCGCAGGACCUGGCCCAGCGUGCCCAGCUCCAGAACAAGCUGGCGGGCGUCUGCGAGACCAUGUGCAAGGAGGUGGAAGCGUACCCGCAGUGCAAUUGCCCCAACUUCGUCGAGCCGGACUCCACUCCGGGCGUGAUGACGUGGGAGGAGCUCCUGUCGCACAUGGACCAGCUUGCCGACUGGGGCCGCGACAGCAUCAAGGGCUGGCACAAGCAGGCGUCGCAGCUCCAGGUUAUGCAGGGCAAUGGCACCAGCACCAACGGCACCAAGAACACCUCGGCCAAGGCCAACGACGCGUGCACGGCCAAGGUGGUGGGCACCGCGCCGGUGAGCCUCGCGGACGGGGGCAUGCCCCACAUGGUGUACGACCAUGUCGAGUUCUGCGGGAAGGGGCAGCUGAAGUCGGUGGCAGGCGCCUGCCAGCACCAGGAGGCCUUCGACGAUGGCCCCGGCA